GUUAGACGUUCGAGCAGUCUAACGGUUAUUAUAUAGCCCCACCUACGUCCAACACAUUGUUCCCGAACUUUUCUCCUCCGUCAACCAUGAUCAUUCUUUCAACACUACCCUACAAAGACGCCUAUUGCAAUAGUGACCAUGCCCCUGUACACGAAACUCCCCACCACCAUUGAUGAGGUAGAUAUCAUCAUUGCAGGAGGUGGCACGGCUGGGUGCAUUGUUGCAUCUAGGCUGAGUGACGCGGACCCUAGCCUCUCUGUUCUGCUCAUCGAGCGUGGUAGCAACAAUUAUGAGUUACCUAAUAUUACGAAGCCGGCAUUCAUGUUCACUCAUGUCAUACCUGGCAGCAAGACGACCACAUUCCAUAAGGGCAGCAAGGAAGAGCAACUGACAGAUAGGGAAGUCAUCGUGCCCUCGGGUAAAAUUCUGGGAGGGGGUUCGUCAGUCAACUUCCUGAUGUAUACCCGUGCGCAACGAUCCGACUUUGAUUCUUGGCAGACGCCUGGAUGGUCUGCUGAUGAUAUGUUGCCAUAUCUGAAAAAGCUUGAAACAUAUCACGGGUCUGGUCCAAAGGACCGCCAUGGAUACGAAGGCCCUGUUCACGUCUCAGGAGGCACUUAUCGUGUGCCUAGGUCGGAAGAUGAUUUCAUAGCUGCAGCCAAAGGUGUGGGAUGGACUGAGCUAGAAGAUGCCCAGGAUUUGGAUUCCAACAAUGGUGUACAGCGGGCAAUGCGCUACAUCUCCCCGGAUGGCCAAAGACAGGACGUGGCCCACACCUACCUUCACCCUAGACUUCGUGAUGGCAAGCAUCCAAAUCUACAUGUAGUCGUAGAAUCGCAGGUGGUUCGGAUUCUGUUCGAGAAGCAGAAAGCUACGGGCGUUGAGUACGUUUCAGAUCCAGAUGCAGAUCUCCAGCCCAGUCCGACCCAGGUGCAGGAUUCCGUGCGACGUAUACGUGCCAGGAAGCUUGUUAUCGCUUCGUGUGGAACUUUUGGGACACCCACUCUCUUGGAGCGGUCUGGCAUUGGCAACCGAGAGAUUCUCAACCGUGCCGGUGUGUCUGACGUCGUUGCUCACAUACCAGGAGUUGGUGAAGCUUACAACGAUCAUCACUUAAUGGUGUACUCCUAUCGCUCAAGUCUCGCACCUGAAGAAACGAUGGACGCUCUCGCAGGCGGUCGUUUGGAUCCCGGAGAGCUAAUGAAAAACAACGACAAGAUACUGGGCUGGAAUGCAAUGGAUAUCACUUGCAAACUACGCCCAAGCGAAGCUGAUGUCGCUUCGUUGGGUCCUAAUUUCCAAGAAGCCUGGGACCGCGACUUCAAGACCAACACAAAUAAGCCUCUAGUCCUCAUGUCUCUGAUUAACACGUUUCCAUCCCUUCCGAUCGGCCUCCCAGUGGGACAGUAUCUGGCGGUAUCUGCCUUUUCUAUCUACCCUUAUUCGCGGGGCCGCUUGCAUAUCACAGGCACCGCUCUGAGUGACCCUAUUAACUUUGUAACGGGAUUCUUUUCUGACCCCCAGGGUAUCGACAUCAAAAAGUGUGUCUGGGCUUAUAAAAAGCAGCGUGAAAUAGUCCGCCGCAUGGAGAACUAUCGUGGCGAAGUUCCGGCAACGCACCCACCGUUCCCGGCCGAAUCCAAGGCGGCCUGUAUCGAAAUAGGAGAGCCCAUUGGACCCACUGUGGUCGACAUCGAAUACACGCCUGAGGACGAUAUGAUCAUUGAGCAUUGGCUACGCGAGAACGUGGCCACAGCAUGGCACUCGUUAGGCACGUGUAAGAUGGCGCCUCUCGAUAAGAUGGGCGUGGUCGAUGCCAACCUCAACGUCCAUGGUGUUAAAAACUUGAAAGUUAUCGAUUUAAGUAUCCCUCCACUAGAUGUAGCUGCAAAUACUAAUAACACGGCUAUGGCGAUCGGUGAGAAAGGGGCUGAUAUUUGCAUUGAUGAGUUAGCUUUGGCUUGAAUCAGUCAUCGGAUGGAGAGUUUUGGAAGUACAUUGAGUAUAUUGUCUGGCGAUUUGAUAUAGUCUUGUGGGGGUGCGUAGUCAAUGGAAGUGAGCCAGCGCCACAUAGAGAGGUGAUCAGUUGAGGUCUAUUCAGAUGAUACUCUAAGUUCUAGCCUGCGAUCUUUCCCCUGGAGAUCUCCUUAUUAAUAGAUAAUCUCCGCAAAAGGUUCUACCGCACUGUAUCCAAUCCUCCGUGAUAUAUAGUUAGUUAUCUCUUACGACAACUUGGGGUGUGAGAGUUUACUCAAGAAACCUUAACCGCUCGCCUCGCCUGGCCCGUCAAUCAAUAUUUCAGUUAUUCACUCCGGCUUACUGAUGAAAGGGGAGUGGCUUGAAUCGACCUCGAUUACCUUGUCAAUCCCAUGAGAACCACUUGCUUUGGCCGCAUCGAUGAAAUCAGC